GCAGGAUUUGAAAUCGGAUGACCAGCGAUAACAACACGUCUCUUUAACAAAGAGCAAUAUUAUCUCAUUCCUGAACAUAGGUAGUUCCUUUCCAGCAUCACUUUCCACACCCCGACCAUUUGUUCUUCACAUCCAUCUUUCCAUGUCACGUCACACCUUACUCCAGCAUCUCAUUUCUACUACAGAUCCGUAUAUGAUCUUUACAACACAGGACAGGCACCUAGGGUGUUGAGGCUGCUCGGCAAAGCAUCCACAUCAUGAUCAGGGUCCAUCCGGACGACGCUCCGAUCGCUGCACUCCGUCGCCAACCCCGCAUGUCCGUACUCAACUAUGACGAAAGUAGCUGUCUCUCAGUCGGCUACACGAUAUUCUGUGCAAGUAGCCGCGAUCGAACAAAACCAGAGAACAACCAUGACAGCUACAUACACCUCCCAAAGCCUGUGGAACUUCCUUGACUGUGUCAGAAGAGGCAAUGGGUGGAUAUACAGUGCCCUGUAAAGGCAUAGUAGCAUACUCGCAGCACGAAUGGAAGUGGGAAGAGAUGUUGACGCGCGAACCGAAAGAAGAUGAGUUUCUGGUUGAGAUGAUCGCAACAGGCGUGUGCCAUACCGAUAUAUCAGGUUACGGGGGUAUAUACCCACGCGUACUGGGUCACGAAGGCGCCGGACGAAUCCUAAAACUCGGCUCACGGCAACAAGAGCUGAACUAUAAGAUAGGCGACCUCGUCAUCCUCUCUGCAGCCGCCUGCCUGUCCUGCCACUACUGUACCACCGGGCACCCGGCAUACUGCGUCGAACAUGCCGCCCUCACUCUAGCGUCCAACGAGCCGAACUUCGUGCUUGCCUCAGAUCCGAACAAAGUCAUUGGUGGCGGCUACUUUGGCCAGUCGUCCUUCGCGUCGCCCGUCCCUGUCAAGGUGUCCUGUGCGGCCAACGUGACGAAGCUGAUACGUGGUUCUGAUGAGCUAAGGGCGUAUGCCCCCCUUGGGUGCGGGAUCAUGACUGGUGCGGGCGCGAUCACACAUGUUGGCAAGUGCGGACCACAGGACACCGUGGCCGUCGUAGGGCUCGGCGGCGUAGGUCUGGCGGGGGUGUGUGCUGCGAAGCAGCGUGGGGUGAAGAACGUCAUCGCUGUAGAUCUGCUGCAGUCGAGAAUCGAUCUGGCGCUACAGCAUGGUGCUACAGCCGGUCUUUUGUCGACGAAAGAGGGACUGAAGGGCAAGCAGAUGAGUGCUGCGAUCAAGAGUCUGACGCCAGGUGAAUUGGGCUGCAGCCACAUCCUCGAUACAUCACCGAGUGUGGCGGUAUUAGGACAGUGCAUGGAGGCUCUGCAGAAGAACGGACAGUUGCUGCAGGUCGGUGUAAAGCCAGUCGGCGCGAAAUACGAGCUGGAUCUGCUGACACACAUGGUCAAUGGGAGACGCCUAAUCGGUGUCAUCGAAGGGGAUAGGGAUCCGGCGGAGGCGUUACCAGAGUUGGUGCAGUGGAGUAAGGAGGGAAUCCUGCCGAUAGAGAAGAUGUUGAAAGAGUUUGGUGUGCAGGACUUUGAGGAGGCACGGCAGAGAAUGGAGGAUGGGGUUGUCAUUAAGAGCGUGUUGGUGUGGUAGGCAACAUUGAACUCAGCCGUCCAAGGUUUUAGCAUAUUCCCGAUACCUUCGAUAACAUGACCACCCGCGCGGAAGAGGUAUGCUAGAACCACACACAGGGGGUCGCAGCGUCGGGCUGAUACAGUGUGCCGGCGCGACAUGUAUUCAGCAAGUCAGAAGCCCUAGGAGAGUAUUGUAGCUGUUCUGUGUUGGCCAAGCCUAUAUUCAAUCAAAGCAAAUCUCAAGUUCGUUGUGACGAUUCGAAUUCCU